GCUGGGAACGUUAUGAUAGAGUUUAUGAAGGACCGUCAAUUUGGAGCUCUAGGCCGCUUCGGAGUCCUUCGACCUACAGAGCUACGCACUAUUACGCAACCAAACAUCAGAGCCAUCGACACAGAGGCAAAAAAUCUCAAAGAUGAGACUGUUUUUUGCUGGAUAAAGUCGUUCAGUAAAUUAUAUCGGGAUCGCGAGGCGGAGGCCUUCAACCAGAAAGUAGCGACCAUAAAUCUUCGUACACCUGUCUUUAUACCCUUUACAGUCGAGUCCCCAGAAGCCGCCCUCACAGCCACAUCAGAAACUUCGCAUGGAGAGUCUCGAUGGAUGGACUCUCCCCUUCGUGUUUCCGUAACGCCAAGUCCAAAUCUGAUGCCACAGGACGAGCCGGAGUCGGACACAGCGCAGCCGGAUUCAAGAUCGUCAGGUCCUAUGCGCGCGCCUGUACAAUGGGACCGCGCUCGCGUGCAGACGCUGUGUGCAUCCCCAAUGACAUGUCUCAGCCCAGCCCGAACGCCACUGCUGGAACAAGGAUUGACACCACCAGGAGAUUUUACAUACUUUCCAAUCCAUCCCUUCCCGGUUGUGUUCUGGACUGGUUCGAAGUUCGAAGAUGAGGACCCUUUUCAGUUGGAACAACCGUUCGAAGCUGGGCCUUGACAUUGGGGGCAAGCUGAACCGUGCUAAGCUUUUUCGGGAGACUGUACAAGGCUCACGCAUAUGUACAGGCCCGGGGUGAACUUCACACUCUCGCCCGGUUGCACUUUCAUAUGUGCACCUGUUUCGAAGUUCUCGAACAGCGUGAAUCCCGGCACUUGGAAAACAGCUGGCUUGUCCGCAGUAUAAUUCAUCGUGGCGUAUUUGUAAGCUUUAUACCCAAAAAUUUGAUUUUCGUAUUUCUUCAUAAGUGCUUCGCCGCGGCUUACUGUCUCUUCGUCCGUCGUUUCGUUGAAUGAGAAGUUGUGAGGAGCCAUCAUUCGUGUAUUCGUCGCGUGCUCUCUGGGGAUGGCAAUUCUUGUCGAAUCGCGAAUGAUGGAACCGAACGCUGGUAAACUUCCUAAUCUCGCGAAGGUGAGCGUCUGAAAGAGG